CGCGUACACGAUUAAAAGUGUGACGUUUUACGCUGUUCUUCCUUCCUGCGAGGGCGAACUCUAGUGGACGUGAGGGGAAGCACGCCCUUCUUAUUAGCCACUCCAUUCAUUGGGCUAUUCGGUGACAAACACACACAGCACGGACAAGUGAUGGAGUGCAUCCACACGCACGGCAUAUGGAUGGCGGAAAGUCUCCAGCACAGGACGAAAAGCUUGGAGAAACUCUGGCUCCUCCUAGCCCACGCCGGCGGCCCCAAAGCGGCCUUCCUGUUCGUCUUCCCGUGCACAUACUUCUUCUGCCGGCGGACUGGCAUCGCGGUGCUGUGGGUGGCCGCCGUGACAGAGUGGCUCAACUUGAUGCUCAAAAGUGUGCUUUUUGGUGAAAGGCCAUUCUGGUGGAUCGGUGAAUCCCACGUGUUUGCCAACAAGUGGCCCAAGGUUCAGCAAUACUCCUCCACCUGUGAAAAUGGCCCAGGCAGUCCAUCGGGACAUGCCAUGGUCACUGCGGCGGUCUGGUGGGUGGUGGCCUCCUCCCUGCGGUCGUUCCUGUACCGCCGUAAUUACAGCAUACCAUUUACCUACGCACCCUACCUGCUCUAUGGGGCUUUGCUGUUUGUUGUCGGCAUUUCCAGAGUGUUUAUCUUAGCCCACUUCCCUCACCAGGUGGUUACCGGUUCCAUUGCAGGUCUUGUGGUAGGAAUGUACCUGAACAGCAGGGUGCCGGAAAGGUGCUCAUUCCGCUUCUACGUCGGACUCACUGUGUCCUUGGCGCUCGGCACGCUGAUUCUGAACGCCGGACUUCAGCAGCUGGGCGUCGACCUCACCUGGUCUUUGGUGCUGGCAAAGAAGUGGUGCAGUCACUCCGAGUGGGUUCGGCCCGAUGUGGCACCGUUCACCUCACUGGCCCGGGACUGCGGGGCCUUGCUGGGUCUGGGCCUAGGCCAGUACUUCAAGCCCGGUGGCUGGCCGCUGUCCUGGCGGCCACAGGCCUUGUCCCUGGUGCUGUCAUCCAUUGCCCUGUGCUGGGUGUGCCGCGCACCGCUGCCGCUGCGACCACCAGUGUUCUACUACAUGCUGUUUUUUGUCAAGUUCGCCUUGGUGCCUCUGAUUGUGAUGCUUGUGCCCGGACUGGUCCACUUCGUGAUCUGCAAGACCAAGAGGAACUAGACGCUAGUAGAACUUACUUUUUUUUUCAUCAACAAGGAUUUCUAUGCUAGCUUUUGGUUUAAUAUUAUUGUAUUCCAGAACACAGAUACCAAUGUUAUUUGGAUCAUGUUGCAUUGCAUUGUCAGCAUGGGCAUAAAAGAAUAUACUGUACACAACUCACAAAAAGGGUCAAGUUAAGUUCAGCUGUAAAGGUUAUAGUGCAUUUUAGGGUCAUCCUUAAAAUUUUCCCCAAAGCCAACUGUCCCCAAGGAUUUGUAUGUACUGCAUUUUCUUUUUUUUUUUUUGUGGGGGACUAAAAAAAAAAAAAAAAUCUGAAUACCUGCUUAUA